AAAAAUAAAACCCUUACCAUCGGUCCCAGGUAAAAAAAACUGAAAUCAGGAGUACAGUGGGUCUGCCUAAAGUAGCGAAACAGGUAAUACAGAUAGACAAUGCAAGAGAGCGGGCGAAGGAAGGGGAGAUUUCGAUUUUCCCCCCACCUAAAUCGCCCACCGUAUGGCUAUUUACUUGUACGAUGCAGCGCUGUGCAGGGCAGCAUGAUACUUUCCUACUCACUCAUUCACCUGCCAGAGAGUGCUGUACCAUUUUUAAUUUUAUUUCCAUCAUUUUUCCCCUUUUUCCCAAUAGUUUGUCAGCUCGUCCAGUGUUUUUUUUCUCCUCCACCUUUGCAUGUGAAAAAGGAGCUACAUAUGUGGAAAGACCCGCUACAAUAACAGAGUUAAGAGAACGAAAUAAGAUGGGAUGGGGCGGAAUGGGACAGUAAAUAACGAUUAAAUUUUGCUCGUUUCACCAUCUAGGUAAAAGAAGACAAUUUGAGUCUGCCGGAGCAGGAUUGAACGACUCCUCACCCCUUCAUCCAACCAGAAAGGGGAACUGAUUUCUUCUCGUUCCCUUCUGCGUUCCUAACUCUCUCCCUCACUUUCGCCCACUACCCUAUUCCCCUCUCAUUAGACCUACGCCCCCCGCUCUUUCUUCCCCUCCUUCCGCUCAGAAAACAUCUCUGGCAGCUACUCGAGUAGAGACUUGGCUGUACGCUUGUUUCGGCACAGUUUGCAACCGUCCGGCAUCGGGGGAACUUUCCCGGGAAGCCUGACGGUAUCUUCUUACUCCCUCCGAAGCUGCCUAUCUGUUUGUCAUCAUCUCUGCCCCCAGUAGCAUACUCUACGACCCCCAGCAAAUUCUCCAUCUGCUCCUUCACGGGCAAACAAAGGAUUCACAACGUUGUUUGGUCGUCCUCCGCACCUUGACAGCCUCGUCUGCUGCCUCGUGACCCUGGCUAGGGCCGUCGGUAUCCGAACCACAUACAAGCCCCAACCCGCAUCUACGAAAAUUUGGACUUAUCAGGCGACAGGGGGGGUCUUGUUCCUGCAUUCGCCACUCUUCCUUUCCUGAGUAAAUCAUACCGGUUUCCCACAACCUGGUAACAGCAAAAAAAAAAAAAAAAAAGAAGACCGAACGCAAAAGCAAAGAAAGGAGAGGGAAACUAAGAGUCUAUUGUCUCUUUUCUCCCCAUUUCAUGCUUUGAAUCCAAAAGUACCCGUUUCUAACCCCUUCCCCAAUUUAUUGCGUAUCCUUUGUUUUUCUACUCCAUCGCGGUGUUAAUCCUCCCCGUAUAAUCUCCUCCGGCUGAAGUUUCUCCACGCACGAGAGUUCUCCAUCCCCGUUUGUGUUCUUUUUUCUAUACUUCUCUUGCCAGAUCGUUUCCUUCUUUCCUUUCCUUUUCUUUUGGCCCAUAAGUCCCGUCCCUGGCUGUCUGGGGACCCUGCAGAGAGGAUCAAAGAAACAAAGAGCCAAAGCCCAGGAGUGCAGGCGCACGCAACAGGCAUCUUCAAGAACGAGCAGAGACCUAGGCCUCCUCUCCUGUCGCCUCCCACAAUUGACCUGGAGAGGUAAUGUAGGGUGGAAGGCGCAAUAAGGUCAAUCGCAGGAACCAUACACAGGUGCUAUGGGAAAAAAGUGCCAUACACAAAAUGCCCGCUACGGAGCUAAAUAAGCAAUCCACUGCUGAGGCUCAUGUCUCUUUUUCCCAAACACCACUUGCUGCCUCUCCAGCUCCUGAUCCGGGAAAAGCUUCUGCUGUCGGAACCAGCUCCGGACUCUCCGUUUCUUCUACCAACAGUCCCGCGCCUGGUGAGACACUUUCAACUGAUCCAAUUUCUGACGAGAAAAUGCCCUCCUCCGUGCACUAUCGGAGUUUAUCGCCUACAAACCCUAUAGCUAGCUCGAAGGACAUAAAUACGAGGCCCAUCCCCCCUCCUCUUCCCUCCUCAUCAUCACCACCACCCACUCCAACAGCAUCUAUAACUCAACAUAAGAGACCUUCAACACCAGAAUCAACACCUCCACAAACACAGGCGCAGCAGCAACCCCAGCCUCCACCCUCACCGCAAACUUCCAAACGUCGCAAGACCAAAGUAAAGCCACAAGAAUCCAAAGAAUCAUCCCCAACAAUGGCGAGCGAUAGACCUAGGCUCUCUGAACAAGAGAAGAAGAACAACCACAUUGCCAGCGAGCAGAAGAGACGCAUGGCGAUCAGAGAGGGUUUUGAUAAGCUCACGGAAAUCGUACCGGGCUUGGAAGGGCAGGGAAGAUCCGAAUCUAUUGUUCUUAAGAAAUGUUUGCCCCCCCCCCCCCCCACUCCUCUUACGUUCUUUAGGGUACGGAUUGACUGAGAGAGAUGAAAAUGCUAAUUAUCUCUAUACAGCGGUCGACCACAUGCGCGACGUUCUCAAUGAAAGACAGGAAUUGAUAAGGCGCAUUAAGGCUCUCGGGGGUGAGAUACCGCCAGACUUGCAAUAGUCUACGGCACUUAUAUGUCCAUUGCCUUGUCCCCGUGGGCGGGUAACUUUUUCUUUUCAAUAAUGGAAAUCAAAAAAAGAGAAAAAAAAUAUAGAGAGGAGGGAUGUUCGCAGUCUGUUUCUACUGCUUCUCGGACGCGAAUGGCGACGGCGAUGGCUAGAUUGGAAAAGGGCGUAAUUUGCUUGUUCCUAAUUUAUUUUUCAUUCUAUCUCUAUUCCUUUUGUGCUUUUCCCGUGUUUUCGUUGGCAAUUGAGUGGACUUUGUGGGAAAAUCUGAAAAAGACAAAAAAAAAUUGGAGCUGAGGAAUUUUCCUUUUUUCUUUUUUGCAAUAAGCUAGUUAGCUGUCUAAAUUACAUCUAUGAUUCAAAGAUCUCAUCUCGUCAUAUCUGCACAAACCGGUUGGGAGGGAGGGGAUCUAAACAUUUUUCUUUUUAUAUACGAGUCCGUAUAUAAAUAUAUUUAUACCACUUCGGAGAAUUGUUCAUCCCAUGCCAUCCUUCCUUGCCGGGAUUGCGGUCAGUGCCGGGAUGUUGGUUGGUGUGAUGGGAUGUCACCCCAUGGCGCAACGCAGAUCCAGCCAGAGAUGAGAUGAGAUGAGAUGAAAAGCUAUCAUACCAACUAGCACCUCAAGAUCCCAAUUUCCAACACCGACAAGAGAAAGCCAUUACAACAUUACAAGAACUUGGCAACAUAGCACACCCCCUCCCUCCCUUCCCCCACACACCCAAGCAAGCAAAUAAGUAAGUGAGUAAGUAAGUAUAAUACAAACACAACAAAGUCAACAAUCAAGUAAGUGUCAAGUAAAUAAGCACUACCACCACCACCACCAUCAUCACAGAAGAAGAAAAGAAAAAAAAAAGAAAAUAGCGCACGGUACCGUACCAUACCAUACCAUACCAUACCAUGCCAUACAGUACAGUACAGUACAGUACAACACCUCCACCCCGAACGAGAACGAAAACGUACUCGUGCCGUAGGGCAGAGCAAAUACUUACCCACCUACCCACCUACCUACCUACCUACCCUCCCUAACCAGCCAGCCAGCCUUGCAAGUAUCAUACUAACUAGCGGGUGUAUGGUAUAUACAAUUACCAACGCACGAAUACCGACCGGUACAUUCCAUGUUUUUUGCCCCCCCUGGAGAGAAGAGAGAAAAAAAAAAGCCGGCAGAUAUGUGCCGUAGCGGGACGGGGGAUCACGUUCAGGUACCGAGUUUAAGUUUCUUGCUUGCUCGAUUGAUUGAUUGAUUGAUUGACAGCUGGUUUUUCCAGGCCGAUUGGCGGGAUUCAUGUGGGUCGCGUGGGGGGGUUCAUGUAUGGUAUUGUAUUGUAUUGUAUGCUUGUAUGUGUGUGUGUGUGGACAUGCUAAUGUGCCGGUAUGCGGGUGCGCUGGCUGGUUUCUGCCCUACGGGAGGUAUGGCAGGUAUCAUAGGGUGGGU